CGGGCCACAAAACGUUUUAGUACCAGACGGUAGAGCAUAUGCCUAAGCAUAUAAGAACGACCACUCUCUUCCUCAACAUCAGACCAGUGGCAUUUAAGGCCAUAGUAGUUCCUCGCAUCAGCAGUCAGCGAGAAAGGAUUCAGGCUGGAUAUAGUGUUUUAAGAAAGUUUGGUGACUUCAUGAAGACGCCAUCUUCCUGCCCCUGAGAUCUGAUGAAAACGUCUUCCUGAGGGACAAAAGUUGGCAAAAGUGAACUGAUUUCCUGUACAGGAAUUCCCUAUUAUACACUUUUAAAGCUCAUUCUAGUUGAGGAGAGUUAUAGAAUAUAUUAAGGGAAAUUACAAGUUAUUUGUUUCGAAGUGAGGCUUCUUUCGCUAUUCAGCAGCUGUAGAAGUCUGUGCCAACGCCACUUUGUCCAAUUAAGCAUGCUGGGUCUUCUUGACUGGCUAGUAUUGCUUCCAAGUUUUGUAACUAUUUCUUUUGCAAUACUACUAACUGCUUUUAUUCAGUCUUAAGUUAUUUUGUUACUAAGGUGGUGUCUUAACAUUUUUUGUAUCGCAUCGGCUUCAAAAUAAUUAGUAGUAGUUAUUAUAUCCGUGCAUACGAAGAAAGUUUUAUGGUGUACGGGUAUUACCACUUCCAGAAGCUGCUAGAAAUCCGGUCAAAUCCCAAUAUCUCAUUUCCAUUUACGUAACUUUUUGUGGGUUAUUCCCGAUUCGUAAGAGUUACUAGAUAUCAGCUUAAUUCUUUAUAUCCCAUUUUCAUUUCCACUGAAGUAACUUUACUGUUGCGGGGUAUUCCCGCUUCAUAAAAGUUGCUAGCCAAUCCGCUCAGUUCUUCAUAUCUCAUUUUCAUUUCUAUUUAAGUAAUUUUACUGUUGUGGGGUAUUCCCACUUCAUAAAAGUUACUAGACACCUGCAAAAUCCUUGAUAUCUCACCUUUAUUUCUGCUUAGUAACUUAAUUACUGUGGCGUUUCUCACUUUGCAAAAGUUACAAACAUCACCCACGUUUAUGAUAACCCAUUUUCAAUUACAUUCAAGUAACUUUAUUGUUGUGGGGUAAUCCUACUUCAUAAAAGUUACAAGACAUCACCUAGGUUCUUAAUAUCCCAUUUUCAUCUUCAUUCAAGUAACUUUAUAGCUGUGGGGUAUUCCCACUUCAUAAAAGUUACUAGACAUCACCUAAGUUCUUAUAAUAUCCCAUUUUCAUCUGCACUGAAGUAACUUUAUAGCUGUGGGGUAUUCCCACUUCAUAAAAGUUACUAGACAUCACCUAGGUUCUUAAUAUCCCAUUUUCAUCUUCAUUGAAGUAACUUUAUUGCUGUGGGGUAUUCCACUUCAUAAAAGUUACUAGACAUCACCUAGGUUCUUAAUAUCCCAUUUUCAUCUGCAUUCAAGUAACUUUAUAACUGUGGGUUAUUCCCACUUCAUAAAAAGUUACUAGACAUCACUUAAGUUCUUAUAAUAUCCCAUUUUCAUCUGCACUGAAGUAACUUUAUAGCUGUGGGGUAUUCCCACUUCAUAAAAGUUACUAGACAUCACCUAAGUUCUUAUAAUAUCCCAUUUUCAUCUGCACUGAAGUAACUUUAUAGCUGUGGGGUAUUCCCACUUUGUAAAAGUUAUCAGACAUCAGCUUGACUCUUAAUACAUUUUUGCUUUUCCUUCCCGAGCAGCUUUAUUGUUGCGGUGUAUUUCCACCUCAAGAAAGUUACAGGUUUUCAAGAAGGUGCUUGAUUUUUCAUUUUCUAUCUGUCGUCCAAUGCUGAUGUGUAUCCCCAUCACACUUUUCAUUUGAAGUGAUUUUGCUGUUGCAUGGUAUUUCUUCACAAUAUAAUUUGGUUCUUAACCAGUUAAGGUCUUGAUAUCCCAAUUUUAUUUUAAGUAGGUCUCAUUUCCUCUGAACGUCUGUAAUUGUUAGAUUGCUAUUCAGGAACGAAAUUUUCAUCUUUAAACGACCCAUCUUCAGUUUAUGUAAAGUGCAAUCAUUUCAAAAACAUACUAAGUCUAACCAUUAUACUCACACGUAUUUCCUUCACAUCCCUUUGUUCAAUAGUGUGACAAUGGUGGCCCCCUACAGUAUUGGUCAUGCUGUCAGGUCAAGUGUUCGUAUACCUGGCAGUGGCUGUAAUAGACAAGCACGUCCUGUUUUGCUUGAUCUCUCAUAUGUAAGUCCAGUUGUUGCACCAGUUUCAAUUCCUCAACCCUUGCGCGGAACACCUUUUAGAUCCUACCUGGCUCAGCCAGUACCAAAGGCUAAUCAACCUUCCAAGGAGAAGAAAGAUGGUGGUCCCUGUGCCCAGAAAUUUUUUGGAACACCAACGAGCAGAACGUCGAAAGAAGUUGUAGCUAAUGCAGAAGCUGAGUCUAAUGGAAAAUGCAAGAGAAAACAUUCUGAAAAUGGUGAUAAAGAUUUCGACGGAUCAUCAGCUCCUCUUGCACCGAAACGCUUUCGGCAAGAAGACAGCGGGACUGUCCAAACCCCGGUACAAGUACAUUCUGCAAUGAAACCUACUUCAUGUUAUAUCAAACAAAUAUAUUUAGUUCAGACUGCACAAGCACACCAAGAACUUAAUUUAAAGGCAGCACAGAUAGCAACGGUUGCUGUGUCCUUAAUUGUUCCACAAAUGAAUCAGGUAGUUGUGGAUGGUGGCUCAACGGAACUUGGGUCAUUCCCUUCCUGUGGCAUGGCAAAGACUGGGACUAGACCGAGCGCCAGUGCUGGGAAUCUACAGAGUAGUAGUACUGAAACGCUACCAGAUCAACCUCCACCCUCUAAGUGCAGCAUGACACAGAAAAUAGAUCAGUUGAGGAAGGAAAAUGAACUUCUGAACCAGCGUCUAAAUAAAUUUAUAAAUAUUUUCAAGAGCAAGGAAAAGCUUCAGUAUCUUGCAAACUUUUUAUCGCAAACUUUGUGAUCUGUGAGGCCUCUUUUCAGUUAUCUCCUAGUUAUAUCUUGAUAAGGUUAUUCCAUAUCAAGAAGUCGUCUUUUAUAUUUUUACGUUAACAAUUUCUUGUUAGAAUCUUUCGUUACUAAUAAGCAGCUGUUAUCAUUGUCAGUUGGUUUCACUAAUACUCUAUGCUCAUUUGUAUGAGAUCAAUCACUCAAAGUGUAAUAAAGAAUGAAAUUAUAA